AAGCAGUGUGUCGCAGUCCCACACCGUCCCCCACCCCACGUAACCAACACAACACAACAACAAUGCAAAGCUAUGCCUUUUCUCUCUCUUUUUCCCAUUCUCUCCUUCUCUCUUUUACACCCACUAUCCCCAUUCAUUCUCAUUCUGCAUCCUUCACAUGGCCACGGACCUUCUCCAAAUCCAUCCUUCUGACAUCACUUUUCGCUUUGAAUUGAAGAAGCAGAGUUCCUGCGUGGUUCGUCUCGCCAACCACGCUUCCCACUAUGUUGCCUUCAAGGUCAAAACGACGUCGCCCAAGAAAUACUGCGUCAGGCCAACCGUCGGCAUUGUUCAACCCCACGGAACUUGUGAUUUCACCGUUACUAUGCAGGCUCAGCGCACAGUCCCACCGGAUUUCAACUGCAAAGACAAGUUCCUUGUUCAAAGCGCGGUUGUCCCCGCUGGAACAACCGAGGACGACAUCUCCUCUGACCUGUUUGUGAAAGACAGUGGAAGGCUCGUUGAGGAGAAGAAACUAAGGGUUGUCCUCAUUACCCCAUCUUCUUCCCCUGAAAAUGGAGAUUUGAGCCAAGAUCCACUCAUCCCAAUGCCUUCUCCUCUUACUGUUGAAAAAAGUUUGGAAGUCGCCCAGGGUUUGAAGGAGGAUGGAACGGAUAGGGGUACUGUUGUUCCAAGAGUAGUUGAGAAGGAGGGGGAUAUGAAACAAGUUAAUGGUAUUGAGAAAUUGAGUUUUCCUAAGGAUUUCAAGGAAUUGGAGUCAAGGUUGGGUAUAAUGGAUGCAAAGUUAAGAGAGGCCGAAGGAACCAUGGCGAUGUUGAAUGAAGAGAAGCGCAGGAACACCCGAGAAAAAAAUUUGCUCAAGCAAGAGUUGGAAAUGAUGAAGAAGAAAAUGAAAAUUAAAAGAGCUCAGGAGGGCUUCCCGUUUUUGUUUGUUUGUGUGGUUUCGCUUGUCAGUAUGGCAGUCGGAUAUUAUAUUCAUCCAUAAGGAGCGACAUUGUGUAUAAUGAUUGAGGUUCCAAAAUAAUGGUGUACUCCUUAAUGCUUUGGUAGAUAACUAUUGUUAAUUGUAAUGCUUGAACUCAACCAAUGUCAAUACGUGGAAACCUUUCUGAAAUGCUAGUGAAAUGAACUGCACUUCAUAAGAGAAGCAUUAUCUA